UCCGUUCUUCUUCUAUCUCUCUCUCUCUCUAUCUCUCGAUUUUUCAAAAUUCAAAAUUCGGUUUGGGUUCUCUCUCUCUCUCUCUAGCCUAAAAUUCCUUAUCGUGAAUUUGAGAAGAAGAGGUGCUGCGUCUUCGUCUACUGGGUGAGAUCUUAGGUGAUGAAGAUGAAUAUCAACAAAGCCUGCGAUCUGAAAUCUAUUUCUGUCUUUCCUCCUAAUUUAAGAAGGAGAUCAGCUGAACCACAACAAGCAUCUCAGCAACUUCGAUCUCAACAGUCACAGCAGUCGUAUUCUCAGGGACCUUCUUCGUCUCAGCGUGGUGGUGGUUUUUCUCAGAUGACUCAGAGUUCUAUCGACGAUCUCCUCAUUAACGAUCUGAGGUUUAGUUCUCAGGAAAGAGAUCCCUCUUUGAAGAAGGUUAGUUGCUUACCUCCAAUCAAUCAUAAACGAGAAGAUAGUCAGUUGGUCACAUCUAGAUCUUCCAGCGGUCUCACGAGAAGAUGGAGUUCUGCUUCACUUGGAGAGUCUAAAUUAGCUCAGAUCAGUGAAGAGCUUGAGCAGCGGUUUGGGAUGAUGGAAACUUCUUUGAGCAGGUUUGGAAUGAUGUUGGAUUCCAUUCAGAGUGACAUCAUGCAAGCCAACAGAGAAACUAAAGAAGUAUUUCUUGAAACUGAACGCAUACAGCAAAAGUUGAUUCUCCAAGACACUUCACUUCAGCAGCUGAUAAAGGAACAAGCCGAUUCUAAAGCUAGUCUUGAUGGAGGUGUUAAAUCUAUAUUGGAGGAAUUCAGCAAAGAUCCCAAUCAGGAAAAGCUACAGAAAAUCUUACUGAUGGUAACAACUAUCCCAGAGCAAGUAGAAACCGCUCUGCAGAAAAUACAAAGGGAAAUCUGUCACACGUUCACCAGAGAGAUUCAGGUCUUGGCUAGCUUGAAGACACCUGAACCAAGGGUUCAGGUUCCAACAGCACCACAAGUGAAGGCUAAGGAAAACCUGCCUGAGCAGCGUGGUCAAGCAGCCAAGGUUUUUACUAACUUGAAGAUGCCUGAGCCAAGAGUUCAGGUUCCAGCAGCACCCCAAGCUAAGGAAACAUUGCCUGAGCAGCGCGGUACAGCAGCCAAGAGCAAUUCCCUUUGUAAUACUACACUGAGAACUAAACAACCGCAGCUUCCAAGAAAUCCAAAUAACGCAUCAGCCAGAGCUGUAAAACCAUAUUUAUCCCCAAAGAUACAAGUGGGAUGUUGGAAGACGGUGAAGCCAGAAAAAAGCAAUUUCAAGAAAAGAGCAACAAGAAAGCCAGUGAAAUCCGAAAGCACUCGUACGCAGUUUGAGCAAUGUAGUGUUGUGAUAGACUCCGAUGAAGAAGAUAUUGAUGGAGGUUUUUCAUGCCUGAUCAACGAGAACACCAAAGGAGCUAACUUCGAAUGGGACGCAGAGAAGGAAACUGAAAGGAUUCUGAGGACAGCGAGGAGGACAAAGAGGAAGUUCGGUAACCCCAUAAUUAUUAACUGAAAAUUGAGGUAACUUAGAAGUAAGAGCGUAGCCUCCUCUGUUUUACAUUUCUAUAUCUAAAGCAUGUUUAAGAUUAUUUUAAAUUGGGAUAGAUUUUCAAAGUUGUGACUCUAUAGUUUUAUUGAAUUGGGAUAGAUUUUCACAGUAAUUGAGAAAAAAUCCAACAAAAAGUUAUAAGAACCACUUAGGGUUUUUUUUGUA